GGCGUGUACUGUAUACAACCAAAUUGAAGAACGCCCCAGAACGCAGCUGUCAAUGUAUUGAAAAACAACACAGGCUGCAGUUUUUUAUAUUCUCCACAAGGAGACGAUCAAAGGCAUUUAAAUGGAACGCAAAGACACAGGAAGUGAUAUAAAGAUCAGACAGGAAGUGAUGUAAUACACAGACAGGAAGUUCCAGGUGAGAGGUGAGUCAGGAGGAAGUAGAGAGAGGAGACAAGAAGGUAUUAUUUUAGAUUUACACCCAGUAACUGGUACACAUACAAAUAUAUUUAGGAGAAAUGAUCGGGUGGUUGCAGAAUUGGUAAUCAAUUGAGAAAGUUUUAUACGAGGUAAUGAGUUUGGAAAAAUUAGGAGACAAAUCUAGGUACAAAGUUACAAGAGCGGAGAGGCCUGUGUAAGUCACAUGACCACAUCAAUGAAGAUGAAGGAAGAGCAAAGUCACAUGACGAGGAGGAUAUUGGAUCUCACCCUAGAGAUCAUCUACCUGCUGACCGGAGAGGAUUAUAAAGUAGUGAAGAAAAUAUCUGGUGAACCAUUAACACCCAGCAGCCGUAUUCAGAGGACAUCACCCAUCACAGUGUCUCCACCUCACUGCUUGACAACAGAGGUAACCAGUGCCAAGAAGAUUCUAGAAGUCACCAAGAAGAUCAUUCAUCUCCUGACAGGAGAGGUGAGCGGGUGA